UCCCCGACCAUCUUCUCUAAAAGUUGUAAUCAACGGACCAAAAUUUUCAUUUGUUGGUAACAAAGAAAAUAAUGUCGACGGCAUGGGGUGCGUUCUGGGGAACCAGGGUAAUGGAGAUAGUGAAGAAACACGAUUCCGGUGGUCUUGUCUGGAAAAGAAUUAAGCUCACCCCUACCCGCAAAGCCAAUGCCAAGAAACGCCUCCGUCGCGUUUGGCAGAACGAGGCUGUUUUGAGGGCCUGCUCCGAGCCGUCGCCCACAGAAACGUUGCAUGCUCAAGCUGAAAAAAUUGCUGCCAGCGAGAAAUGAGUAAGCAAAUAAAUCAACCCUCUGUUAGACUUUCCGACUAGGCACAAAGAAAUUGCGAAAACAUUAUGCGUAAAGUGUACUGCUAUCUUUAUUUGAAAUUUUCGACUUGCUUUGUAGACUUUUCCAUUCGCUUUCAUGCACGAUAAAGAAAAUUUAGCUUUGCAUAUGCGGUUUAUUUUUAUUUUAUAUUUUUU